UUCGGAUUUGCAACCCGAAUUUAUUCACUCUCUACAGAAAAAAAGAAUAAAACUUCUACACAGUUGUUCCAAAUUUGACGAGAACGUACUUAAAAACAAACGUGUGCUUUUGCUUGGAGAUCAGACAGAAAUCCAGUGUCUUUUGUGUGAAGAACGCUUCAGUUCUGAUGAAAAAAUGCAAGACCACAUAUUGAAUAUUCAUGGUUUAUCCAAAGCUUCUCUAAUGGAACCAUACUGUUAUCAGUACAUGCCUGGCUCUUCGAAUAAAUGUGAAGCAUGUGGAAAAGAAUUCCGAAAUGGAGAACACAAAAAGACUCACUUAAAAAAGUGUUUCGUUUUUCCAUGUCCAUACUGUGAUAAAAUGUUUACUACAAGUGAGUUAUCAAACCACACAAAAGAGGAACAUGAUGAUCCUCAACCUUUCAAAUGUCUGCACUGUAAACUGGUAUACGGCAACUUCAUAAACUUCAAGAGACAUUUGUGUAAUGACAUCAUCUGCGAAACGUGCGGUAAGAAUUUCCGUAACAUUAGGAAUUUCGCCUUACACAAGAAUGAAUGUAAUUAUAAAGAAGUUACCAAAAGGUGCACCGAGUGUUAUGAAAGCUUCAGUUUGAGUUCUUUCCAAGCUCACUUCGCAACACACAAAUUUCCAUGUUCGUUUUGUGGAAAAAUAUUUCGCAAUAGAAAAGUAAGAUACAGGCAUGAAUAUAAUCAUCGUAUGAAUCAAGGUGGGCUGUGUCCCCUAUGCGGUAAGUAUUUAAUUGAAAAUUUCAAUUAUAAGUAAACAUGAAUUUUAGUA